CUCCCGAGAACAGUCGCUUCCACGGCCUCGGAGCGGGCGAGUUGUUGGUCCCCUUGGAAAAAAGCAAAACACGCUCUCUCGUUGCGGCGGCGAGUGUAAUGGCCACCGUGGGCCUAGGAUAGCAAGAGAGGUGAGGCGGUUCGCGAAUUCUUUUAUUGAAACGCUGGCUAAUCAAUGAACGACUUAUCAGCCCGGUCAACAGUCAGUGCAUAUAAUAAUACGUGUGUGCCGAACUGCCGCUCUUUCGUCUCGAUCGGUGGCUUCUGUCCGGUGAAGAGUGCGUGUACAUCAAGUAGUGCAUCAGUGUACUUAAUGUGUGCCAGCCAUUGUCGAGCGUGCAUCAUAGUGCCGGUCACCUAAUAAUCGUUGACCACUACUGGAUAAUAUUGCUUGUUCGUCUUGUCUGUUGGAUUCUACCCUUCUGGCACGCGACGUAGCAUCGGUCCGAGCCGCGGAAUAAUUCGGUACAACGACUUCCCUCGCUUCCUUCUACGAAAACGGCCUCCUAUUAUUAGGUUUGCUGUUGAAUAGCAGACGACCUCAAUAAGCAAGACCGCCAACCCUAUAAAAAACAAGUCGUAACCGUGCAGAGAUACCAAUUGAGAGAGGCGAAAAGUGGCCAGCAGCAAGUGCACAAAAACAGUUAGAGCGACAAAGAGGGACAGGUGGAAACGGUGGCGCACGCAUUUCGAGGAAAUGAAUGGACGCGGUAACUACGAGACCAUCCCAUCCAGAAGGAACUCCGACUGAUUCUAGACAUUAAAUGUACCCUCAGGAAUUCAGGUUUCGCCCGAGGCUCUCGCGAAUCUGGGAUGGCUUCGAGCAAUGAUGAUAUCGGAUUAAGCCCGGCUAACAAGUUCGCCGACGUUCUAUCGUCCGUAAAAGUAGAUAGGUUUUAAAUCGAGUCUUGCUCCGGGAACAAGGCUACGUUGUAACGCCGUUACCACGGCGAAAUAAUCCGAGGCUUAUUGAAUCCCGAUGAUAUAAUGGAAGUACACGAGCCGAAGCGGUAAUAGUUGGUCGUGUGUAGAGCCUCUUUUCUACCAUAUAACGAAAUAGAGAAAAUCCGUAAAGAAGGUCAGCUUUAGUAUAUGUUGUAUAUGCUAUGUGUGUGUUUCUAUACCGUUGAAAGAAAGCAGCAACAACAGCAACAAUAACAGCAACGGACAGAGAAUAUAGUCAGCUGUAGCCCUGUCUUAAUUUCUAACGUUCAUUCAGCUGGAUCCUUUUAUCGACGAAUCGCGUGGAAACUUGGUUUCACAGAAUGCUCUUCUAAAAUGUAGAUAUAUAUAUAUAUAUAUACAUAUACAAGUAUAGCUAACGAAGAGAGAGCGAGAGAGAAUUCGAAGCGUUUUAGGAGGGAUCCAACUGUUCGGAGGACGAAGUAAAUUGACCACGAAACCGCUCCCAAAGAUCAGGCCAGUGAUAUAGUUACUAUCUGAAGGGUGGAAAUGCAACAGAUGCCGUUGAUAACCAACGCCGCAACAGGGGAAUCCGCCAAGAACGCAUAGACUACUAGCCCGCCAUCGCCGCCGCCGUCGUUGUACAUUUAGGAAUGUAAUGUUUGACUCGGAUUGCACACCUCGUCAAGCAAGACUGGUUCCGAGAUUGGCCGCGCAGCUGUAAUAUCGACGGAGGAGAUUUUUAAAGAACGCACUGAGCCAGAGGGCAAAGAAAAUAUAGGGAUUCGUUAGAAGAAGAUACAUAGACGUCUUCACAAGUGUCCUUAUAACGUUGAGUGCACUCGUCGUCGCGUGCGUGCGUGCCAGCAAGCUCUCUCGUUUCCUACUCAUGGUUAUGGAAUGAACCGAUGCCCGGCUGAAUUCUCCAACUGUCAGUGCUUUAGGUUCUACUACUAUCAUCGAGCAUCAUCAUGACCCCGAUGAUGCGUCUGCUCCUGUCGACAUUGCUGCUGGUACUGUCCUCCUGCUCGAUCCUUCUUUGUUCAGCGAGCGGCGAUGGUGGACCUAAUAGCCCUAUUUUUAACCUGGACAACACCGCGUUAGAGAAAAACCUCGCGGCCAUAUUUAACAAGGUAGCGCACAGCUCGGCGACCACGAAACGCAGCGUGCCCGCCUAUGAUGCUCAAGUUUCGGCCAGUACAACGUUGUCGACGGUACCGUCGCCUUUGACGACCACUACCACGACCACAACGACGAGCUCGUCGAUACCAUCCGUCAGGUAUCCUCCUGUUCCUCGAGCGACCAUGUCGCCGGCCUUCCGCGAACUGCCUUCGUACGCUCCCCCGUCUCGCGCCCUCUUCACCCCUCCUCUGCCUCCCGAGUACCUUCAUCCGUUUGCAAAUAAGCCAACGCUGAGAGGAACCAACUCGGAUGUUCAUUCGGGUCUCAAGAGACCGGUACCACCGCCGAGCGGCACGCCAGCUCAUGAGAGGAUACCCAUUAGGCCUCCCGAUCUUCAGGGCCCCUCUCAAGUGCCAGAGAGACACUCUCAUUCUAGAAACAAACCGUUGAAUACGCCCAGUAAGGAGCAGAACGUGGUGGAGUCCAGCGAGCUGGACAGAAGGAACAAUACUAACGAGUUUGUACCUACUCUGCAUUAUCCAAGCAUCUCGAGAAUAUUAUCUGGCAGCAACGGUCGUAAACAAGAUAUCCCAGAGAUACUUUUGAAGCCUCUGGCCACGAAGAGCCCGGCGCAAAAUGCGCCGGUAAUUCCAACCACCGAAAAGAUGACAACGCCAUCUACAACAACGGCCAGGACGUCUAGCACGUUAGAUUCUUCCAAAUCUGUUACACAGCCAACGAUUUUCAAUUUGCCUAAUACCAGGAGGCAUGACGAUGAUAGUUAUCACGGGCUGAGGAAUGAAAACGGCUUCAAGACAGAGAACAUCGAGAUAGUGGACACGGAAAGACUUCCAUAUCCACAACCACAACCUCCUGCUCCACCCCCUAAGAGGCCCAACGAGGCUGGUGACCGCAUUGUACCUCAAAUUGACACGCAUCCCCUUGAGUCCACCUGGCGGAUCGCUUGGUUCCUCCAUGUGUACGUCGCUGCGAUCUUGUUCACGCUAAUGGCUCUAUACUCGAUCUACAAGAUCGUUCGUUUCAACGAAGCAACGAAUCUACUCACCCAGUCGUACUUCCUCACGGUUCAUCUGCUUCUCACGACCGUCUGUACUUUAAGGUGCUUUCACCUGUUUUACGACGCUUACAAUUUAGGCCAUUCACUGCCCGAGCCUCUGUCCCGAGUGCUCAUGUACCUACCAGCACCAUUAUUAUCCACCGCGUUCGCCACCUUGGUGCUAUACUUAGCUCGUUGCUCAGAGGCCCCAUCUUUAAACAACAGGUUUCUGUCGCCAGCCGCAUUGGUAUUGUCCUCUACGGUACACAUAGUUCUCUGUGUCUCCCUGCACGUGUCCACGCACGUGCUUGGCUAUCCGGAUGAGGCGAAGAUAUUGCCGUUGAUCUGCCAGUGCAUUUAUAUCAUCGUCUGCGUGAUCCUUGGCCUAGGCUACAUGUACGUCUACCGGGUGGUACGCUCACAGAUCCUGUUAACAAAUAACAAAACGGCAGGGACGAAUCACAUAGUCGGUGCUGAUCCUACCACGAUGGCCUUGAGCACUGCCAUCACUACCAGUAUCGCUACCGCCCUAUUCUUCAUCCUGAUGGGAUUCGUCCAGUUGUAUGGCAUAUUUGGGAAUGUCCAGGAAAGACCACAAUCGCAUCCAUGGCUAUGGUGGGGCUGGCAGUUCUCCGUUAGGCUACUCGAACUAGCAGUAUGCGGUUUACUCGCCUGGGUAGCUAGUCUAUCCCAGUACCCGUUGCGGGAGAAACAGCUGCAACAACACCCGGUCCAUUCUGGCUUCGCUCUGUUUCCAUGCGGUAGCUCGACCUCCACCGAGAAUAUGGACGACGUGCUUUACCCAGCUAUCUGUAGCACCAACCAGGCGAUCCAGAAUUACACGAUGAGAACCGGGAAACAGGUUUACGACGAUAGCUUCCCGCUGAACACGCUGCCCGAGCAUUUGAACAUAUCAGGUACUUUUGAGAGGCAUUCCAUUCGCAAGUCAGGUACCAUGGGCCAUUUCCCUCACGAAGGUCGCGGCUCGUUAAACCGGCAUGGUAAUGGGAUACAAACUCUAAGGAACUCCGAAAGUCGCGGCAGACACACGCCUGUGCAGCAGGGAGGCGGUGGCGGUAUCCACGAGCAAACACCGACCACAGGCUCUACGAUGCUCGUUGACGAGGAUGGGUUCGUCAGGUUUCGUAGUCUAGGAGCAGAGGACGACGAACUGUCGGAUACACCGAGCGUUGUUGGCACCCAUGGUAGAGGAAGUUCGCUGGCCGGAAGUGUGAGAUUCAACGCGAGACACCCAACGCUGCAGCAUCAGCAUCCUCAUCAGCACCAGCAUCAACACUCGCUGCAGCAUCCGCAUCAGAGUCAGCAUCAGGCUCACCAUCAGUUGUACAUCAACACGUAAAAGUCUAUUGUUCCAGACGUUCCAGAUUGUAACUUCUCGUUCCCGUCGACUGGAUUAUGGUCAGAGGAGAUCGUCAACGAAGAUUGUAUAAGGAAUAAGAAUAUGUUCCGUGGCUCCCUCUCUGGCGACUAAUGGUCUAAACAACUUCGAAGAAACUAAUUUUACCUUUAACUCUAUGUAAGAUACGUCCUUGUGUAUAAACAAAACCUUAAAGCGAAAAAUGGAAAAAAAAUAUGAAAACUCGCCAUUCGCAUUCUCCCGCUUCGCGUCUGCGUCCGAGCCGACGAAUCUUCGCUGUUCAUGGUAUCCGUAAUAUUUAUUUCGGGGUUCUCGAUCGAGAGGCGGAGAAGAAAAAAUAUAACGAAGAUUAACAAAAAUAUAAAAGGAAAAAUGUAUACGUGAAACUCUCGGUAAUUGGAGUUUCUUUCCUCUACCUGUUAAUAUGGGUAGUGUUCAGGGUAUCUCGAACGUUGACCUUACAUUAGGCACUUGGUACUUAUUAAGGUUCAUGUGAUUCAAAUGAACGAUCGUAUAUCGUAAUCGAAAAGAAUGGAAACUUAUAGGAGGCAAGCUUUCUUUCGUUUUACCUUCUUCUAGUAGCGAGAAAAACUCGGCUGUGGAAACGUAUCGGUGUAACACGUGAUUCGGUGAAGAAAGCUAUCGUGGCGAAGCCCCGUGGGUAAACCACAGACACGCCAUCUAGUAAUUUAUUUUUCUCACUAUAUAACUUUUUUACCUCUCGUCAUUUGCAAAACUCACAGAAUAAUUUGUUUUAACGACACGAGUUAUUUCCAGAAAGAAGUCGAAUUUUUUCCGGCCCGUUAAAUUUUCACCAGCGAAAAUGAACCGUGCGUUUGUACAAAUUUCAAGUGCUUGACACACCAUUUUUAUCACCUGUUCGACCGAUACGCGUGUAUUCUUCCUCGAGAUCCCGCCUGCACGUAAUUCACGGCUUCUGCGAUAUCGAGAGGAAGUAUAUUUUAUAAUGAAGAGUGAAAGCGAAAAAGAUAUGUUAAACAAUAAAAAAGUGAAAACUUAUUCACGUGGUCCAAAUAAAAUGAACGAAAAAAACGAAAUGAGACUCGGAAGGUUUGUAGUAGUUCUGCGAAAAAGAAGUAAUUCCGAGGAAGUAGAAAAAUGUACAUUCUUUUUUGUUUUCGUUGUCAAGUUGAAAGAAAGCAAAGUAAAAAGUAAAAAAAAAAAAAGAAAAUAAAGUUGAGAACAAAAAAAAGAAGAUAUGAUGAUGAAGUUAAAAAGAAGUAAAGAAAAAAAAAAGACUAACGGCGUUGUACAGUCGAUAAUAAUUUAUCACUCAGUCCAAUUGUAAGAUUGAUUUAGCAGUUAAGGGUUGGAUUAAGAAUUCCCUGUUACAUAUUAAGUUACGUCGAUGUAGCCGGUAGAUGCUACUGCGCUCGUAGAGACGGAUAUCAGCGAUUUCUGUUAAACGAAUUCAAUGUCGAGCGACAAGCACGAUGUAACGAUGUUUCCUCUCCGCGUCGGAGACACCACACACGAAGGAUUGAACUUCGCGCACAGGCCAGCAUAUUUCUUCCGUUUCUUCCACCUUUUCCUUCCUCAUUUCUUAAUUUUUCCUUUUCUUCUUUCUAGUAAUUUCUUAAUUUACUUUUUGACUCAUUUGUUUUAUUUUCUUUCUUUUCCUUAUUUUUUUCUCUUUUUUUAAGUCAUCUCCUUUAUACAUUCUAUGUAUGUAUGUACGAGUUUCUUUCGCAUUGAACCUACGGUACAAAACAGUACUUUCUACAUUCUUCACUUCGUAAUAUUGGUAAUAGGUUAAAUAAGCGGUCAGCGCAGUGUAUAUGUUUAUAUGGACAUUGUAAAUAAGGUAUACGGGCUCGUCGUGAGUAGAUAUAAAUUCGUUGCGAUAGAAUCUGUGCAGAUUCUAUCCGACACGCACCGAGAUUCACAUGUAAACAGACAUUAACACAAGCGCCAGCCCUCGGGUACUCAUGUACACACGAUCAUACACGUCUACAUGUUCACUACACACACACGUACCUAAUCUCCACCCCCUCAUAAUUCUCAGUUGUAAAUGCAAGACUCGUUUUUAAUUUAUGUCGAAAGCUGUAUUUAUUAUGUGAAACAUUCCACAGCAAGAUGUUGAUCAGUGUGAAUGCGAUUUUGUGGAAUUUUAUUGCAAUUUUAGAUUAAAGGAAAAAACAUAGCGCUAAAGAAAGAGGAACAAAUGUAAAUAAAAGCUUUUUUGCGAAA